AUGGCUGCCGAAUCGGGGAGACUACUGGCGGGACAAGGAAAACGAGGCAAAGCCUCACAAAUGAAGAGCCCGGAGAAGAAGAAGGCGAGAAAGACCACGUCACAGGCGUCGGGGUUCUCGCAUCUCACAGAGUUUGCGCCCCCACCCACGCCUAUGGUGGACCACCUGGUGGCCUCCAACCCCUUUGAUGAUGACUUCGGACCACCAUCUCGACCCGGUGGAGGGGGAGGACCAGGCGGUGCCCCAUUUCUGCCCAGUCCAGGUCCAGGUGCAGGCGGAGGGAGCGGUUAUGGUGGCGCUGGCAGAAUGGGGGGCGGUGGCAUGGGUUUCAUGGGGGGGCCGGGCGGUGGACAGCCAGGACGUAGACCACCAUUUGGACCUCCGUCCAACCCUGGACCACCUCACCACCAGCUGGGAUUUGGAGGGAUGCCCGGUUUCGGAGGAGGGGGCGGAAGUGGCGGAGGGGGAGGUGGAGGGGGCGGAGGUGGUGGGUUCCCUCAGUUCAAUAUACCACCGAACUUCAGUCCUCCUAUGCACCCCGGGUCAGGCUUUAACCCCAUGUUGUCUCCAGGUGGUAUGGGGGGUCCCGGAGGAGGAGGUCCACCCCAUCCUCGAUUUGGCAUGCCGCCACAACAGCAACAUGGACAGGGAGGGCACCCGUUUAACAGCCCUCCGUUACCUGGUGGGGGAGGCCCCAGAGGGCCCCCACAUGGGCCCAUGCCUCCCAUGGGCGGAAUGGGGCCAGGUCAAGGGAUGAACAUGAUGAGUGGGAUGGGUGGCGGUCCUGGGGGCAAUAUGUUGGGGGGUUUACCAGGCAUGCCCCCUCAAGGACAGUUCCCCCCCUCGCAGGAUGGGCCCUAUCCUGGUCCCAGCCCACCGGGACCGGGAAACGAGGAUGGGAAAAACUUUGUGGGAGGGGGAGGACCCCCGCCUGGGCCUCAGCAACAGCAGCUUAACUUAAACCCAAACGGGCCCCCUCCUACUAAUAACACCACCCCUGGUCCGCCUCCUAACUCUGGUCCGUCUCAGCCUGGAGACUUCCCGGGCCACCCUGACAUCCAGCAGCCCAAUGCCAGCACACCUGGGCAGCCACCGUCUGCACAGCCGCAACCCAACCCCAACUCUUCCCCCAGCGGCCCCCUAAAUGGCUCGGGCCAGCCCCAGCACCCGCCCCCCAACAACGCCAACACCCCUAACUCGAACAACUCUGCGCAACUGCAGCAACAAUCUACGCCGCCCAACUCCGCCCCCGGCUCCGUCUCGCACAACCAACAGAACAACACUCCUGGUACCGGCGGUCCCAUGUCCAACGCAGCCCCCAAUUCGGGUCAGAACAACAUGUCCAACAACAACGGAGGCAACACCCCCGGCAGCAACCCUAACCCCCCCUCUAACUCCACCUCCACACCUAACACGCAGUCGCCCUUACCCCCCGGCCCGUCCGCCCCUUCGACGGGGCCCGGUUCCGGUCCAGGUAAGCUUGGCGGCCCCGGCAUGGUGUUCCCUUGCGGCUUGUGCAUGUCGGAGGUACACGACGACCAGGACGCCAUCCUUUGCGAGGCCUCCUGCCAACGCUGGUUUCACCGUGACUGCACGGGCCUAACGGAGCCCGCCUAUGGGCUGCUCACCCGGGAGAGCGCCGCCGUGUGGGCCUGCGACUUUUGCAUCAAAACCAAGGACAUCCAGGCCGUGUUUGUGCGCCAAGGACUGGGCCAGCUUGUGGCCGCCAACGAGAGCUGA